AUGACUACCCGCAAGAGAAAGCAAGAAGCCGAGGAGGAGCUCCAGGCCCUUCCUAGCGAUGUGAGCGAAGAGGAGGAAGAAUAUGAAGACUCCGAGCCCGAAGGAGAGGAAGGAAGUGACGAGGGCGAACAGGAGGAGGCGGAGGGAGAGGCGGAGUCAGAGUCUGAGGAAGAGGAAGAGGAGGAAGGAGAAGCAGCAGAACCAAAAGCAGAAGUCAAAGGCGACGACGAGGGCGCUCCGGCAGCCAAGAAACAGAAGACUGCACCCGUUGUUGACGAUGAUGAGAAAGCCGAGAACGGCGCAAAGGGCGAAGAAAACGAGGAGCCCGAUGAGGGAGAGGAUGUUGAAGAAAGUGCCGCUGAUACCGCUACGGAGAGUGGCCCAGCUGCCGCUGCCGCUGAAGCUAAGGGUGAUGUUGUCCCCAAGGAGUCGGACCUGCUCGAGAUUGAGGCGGCCGAGAAAGAGUAG